CGAGGACGAGCCGCAACUCGGAGGGGGGCGGGGGCCGGCCGGGCGGCCUCUGCGGAAGGAUGUUGCCGACGACCUCGGCGACCUCCCAGGGGCCGGGAGACGGGGCCUUCCGCUCGAGGGACGCGGCCAGGCACACGGCGGGGGCCAAGCGCUCCAAGUACCUGCGGCGGCUCUUCCGCUUCCGCCAGAUGGACUUCGAGUUCGCGGCCUGGCAGAUGCUCUACCUCUUCACGUCCCCUCAGAGGGUCUACAGGAACUUCCAUUACCGGAAGCAGACCAAGGACCAGUGGGCCAGGGACGAUCCCGCCUUCCUGGUGCUGCUCAGCGUCUGGCUCUGCGUGUCCACCGUGGGAUUUGGCUUCGUCCUGGACAUGGGAUUCUGGGAGACGACCAAGCUGCUCCUCUGGGUCGUGUUCAUCGACUGCAUAGGCGUCGGCCUGCUGAUAUCCACUCUCAUGUGGUUCGUCUCCAACAAGUACCUGUUGAAGCAGCCGAGCCGGGACGGCGACGUGGAGUGGGGCUACGCCUUCGACGUCCACCUCAACGCGUUCUACCCCCUGCUCGUCGUCCUGCACUUCGUCCAGCUCUUCUUCAUCAACCACGUCAUCACGACGGGCUCGUUCGUCGGCUGUCUCGUGGGGAACACCCUGUGGCUGGUCGCCGUCGGGUAUUACGUCUACGUCACCUUCCUCGGGUACAGCGCCCUGCCCUGCCUGAGAAACACGGUGGUCCUCCUGUACCCCUACGCCCCCCUCGCCCUCCUCUACGGCCUGUCGCUCCUGCUGGGCUGGAACUUCACCGAGGCGCUGUGCUCCUUCUACAAGUACCGCGUCAAAUGAGACCGCGCGCCGGACCGGGACGCCCGGGUUUUGGGGGUCCGGGGUGGAUCUCGCCGUCCCCCACGCCCCGCCGAGACUGGACGUAACCGUCCUUCGUCGCCGACCUCCCGCACGGCGGCUCGGCCGGGAGCCGGGCCCCGGGGAGGGUUUCCGGCCCCACGUUCCGGAAAACCGAAGCCCUGUACCUCGCUCUAUUAAAGGUUUUUUCUAAAAAAAAAA